AUGGACCUCGCCGGGCUGCCCUGCAUCGCGCAGAGCGACGACGAGCUGUCGGAGCUGUCCUGCGUCGCGGGCUUCGACGACGACGUCUGCAUCGCGGGCCGCGAGUCAACGGACAUCGAUUGCUGCUUCGAGGACCGGCGGCGCGCGGAGGCCGCCAAGGCGCCGGCGAAGCGCCGCCCGUCGCAGCAGCGCCUCGCGAGCUCCGCGUCGCGCGUGCUCGCGUUCUCGCGGCUCACGUUCUCCGUCGCGGACCGGCGGACGCGGCGGGAGCGGCGGCUCUUGGACGACGUCGGCGCGCGCUGCGACCGCGCGACGACGACGGCCGUCAUGGGGCCCUCGGGCUCCGGCAAGACGACGCUGAUCUCGCUCCUGACGCUCCGCGCGCCGCGGGGCCGCGCGACGGGCCGCGUGACCCUCGGCGGCCUCGCGCUGACGCAGCGGCGGUUCCGCCGCCUGUGCUUUGUGGUGAACCAGGACGACGAGCUGUGGCCGACGCUGACGCCGCGGGAGCAGCUCCGCCACGCGACGCAGCUCUUCGCCGCCGCGGGCGCGGACAUCGAGCCCGGGAGGGCCGAGGAGAUCAUCGACCGGCUGGGGUUGGCGUCGUGCGCGGACACCUUCGUGGGCCACGCCUUAGUCCCCGGGGGCCUCAGCGGCGGCCAGAAGCGGCGCCUCUCCAUCGGCGUGGCGCUCGUGAAGCAGCCCGUGGCCGCGUUCUUGGACGAGCCGACGAGCGGCCUGGACGCGGCCGCGUCGCUCCACACCAUGGCCUUUGUGCGGUCGCUCGCGAAGGACGAGCACCUCAUCGUCGUGGCGACGAUCCACCAGCCGUCGACGAAGGUGUUUUUGGAUUUCGACACUCUAUUGCUCCUCUCCGAGGGCCGCGUCGCGUACUCCGGCGCCGCGUCCUCGGCCGCGGCGGCCUUCGAGGGCCUCGGCCACGUCCUGCCGCCGCUCACGAACCCGGCGGACUUCCUCCUCGACGUCGUC